GGGGAGGGGAGGUGGGCAAGAUGGCUCCCGGCGAGUGAUUUUUGCCCGGAUACCUCCGGCGGCAGCUGAGACACCGGGACGGAGGGUGCUGCCCCCACUGCCGCCCAUCUUCCUCUCCCCCGCCCCCAGAGACCCCCUCCUUCCCUUCCUCCUCCUACCUCGGUGGGGAGGGAGGGGAGGUGGGCCUGGUUCCUGGGACACCAUGUCGGACUCUGAGGAGGAGAGCCAGGACCGGCAACUGAAAAUCGUCGUGCUGGGGGACGGCACCUCCGGGAAGACCUCCUUAGCUACGUGUUUUGCUCAAGACACUUUUGGGAAACAGUACAAACAGACUAUAGGACUGGAUUUCUUUUUGAGAAGAAUAAUGUUGCCAGGAAACUUGAAUGUUACUCUUCAAGUUUGGGACAUAGGAGGGCAGACAAUAGGAGGCAAGAUGUUGGAUAAAUAUAUCUAUGGAGCACAGGGAAUCCUCUUGGUAUAUGAUAUUACAAAUUAUCAAAGCUUUGAGAAUUUAGAAGAUUGGUAUUCUGUGGUGAAGAAAGUGAGUGAGGAGUCUGAGACUCAGCCACUGGUUGCCUUGGUGGGCAAUAAAAUUGAUUUGGAGCAUAUGCGAACAGUAAAACCUGAAAAACACUUAAGGUUUUGCCAGGAAAAUGGUUUCAGUAGCCACUUUGUCUCAGCAAAGACAGGAGACUCUGUCUUCCUGUGUUUUCAGAAAGUUGCUGCUGAAAUCCUUGGAAUCAAGUUAAACAAAGCAGAAAUAGAACAGUCACAGAGGGUGGUGAAGGCAGAUAUUGUAAACUACAACCAGGAACCUAUGUCAAGAACUGUUAACCCUCCUAGAAGCUCUGUGUGUGCAGUUCAGUGAGCGCAUUUUUCUUCUGUAUUGAUAGUUCUGGCUGCCCUUCGCCUCUGUGUGGGCUCGAGGACCUGUAGGAACUUGUUUUAUCAGUGACCAUCUCUGUAGUUCAGUUAACGCUUUCCUCUCAACUCGCUUCAUCAUUGCCUGUUGCCUCAGCCGCAGGCAGCUCCUUGGACUGGAAAGAAUUCAACUUUGGGACCACACACUUUGAAUUCAAAAUGGAAAGCCCGUUCUCUGGAAUUAGACUGCCUCAUUGAAAAAGAAUAAUGUUGGUUCUCUUUAUGUCCUCACUUCUUUUUUCCCUGAUGUAAGUUGUUUUAAGCAAAUAUGAAAACUAUCUAAGUCUUGAUCAUCAGCCAGGAUUUUGCCACAGCACAGUUUCAUACUCUUAUCUGAACUCAUACCUGGCAAAGUAUGCUUCAGAGUGCAAACAUUUAAACGAGUAAUAUAUUUUAUCUACAGAUACUUAAGAAGGCAUUCUUUUGCUGUCUAUUGUGAGUGAAAAUAUAUAAAGCUGUAUCUAACUGAAAAUGCUUGAAAUAAAGCUAUAAUAGAACUAUUUUUUUCUCAUUUUUUAAAACAGAGCCUAAAUUCUUUAUAUUUUAGCUGUAGCUCACAAAGUAGUGAGUAUUGGAUAUUGUAUUUUUAUUAUUGUAUCAUGAUCAUUACGUGUUGUGUUAAUACUCAGGUUAGAUGGCUUCGUGAAUUCUGAUAAACAUUCAGCUGAUGCUCCAUGUGGACUUUCUCCUGCCAGCUGUGUAAGAGUACUUCCAGAAUGAAUUAUGACUAUUGUUGGAUCAUUGUGGAUCAGACUGUACCUGAUGUUCAGAUGUUUUUCUCCUGCAAAUAAAUUUAUUUAAAUUAC